ACUCCAGUAUUCUUGCCAGGAAAAUUCCAUGGACAGAGGAACCUGGUGGGCUAUGGUCCAAGGGGUCGCAGAGUCGGACAUGAGUGUGCACACACACAUUACAUUACACAGUUAAGGGCAACACAUGACUUGGAGUGAGCAUCCAGGCUGACUCAUUCAACAGUGGGGCUCUGGACGCAGUGGGGAAAAGGGAACCCUGUAGUGGGCUCAGGUCUCCUCCUUCCUACGCCUCACUUCCUCACAGGCUUGCACUUCUAGAGCUACAGUCAGAAUUUGGGACAUCGAGACACUUAAAAAUUGGAAUAUUUCAUGUAAACUAUGGAUCUCCAUCUUAUGUUGAGAAAUUGGAAGAUCUAUCAAACAAGGACCCCGCAUUCCCCUACACUAGCCAGAAGCAGAGACCCCAGUUACACAGGAAUGUGUUUUCCGGGGACUUCCCUGGUGGUCCAGUGAUUAAGAAUUCACCUUGCAAUGCAGGGGACACAGGUUCGAUUCCUGGUCCCGGGAAUCUCAGCUGCCACAGAGCAUCUAAGCCAGCACAUUGCAACUACUGAGCCCGUGCGCCAUAACUAGAGAUUCUGUGCGCCACAGUGAAAGACCCUGCAUGAUGCAAAGAGUUCGAGUGCCAUCACUAAGACCAUCGCAGCCAAAGUAAUUAAUUAAUUAAUCAAAUUUUAAAAAAGGAAUGUGCUUUCUGGUCACCCCAGCCCCACCAAGCAUCUUCCUGCUUGCAUAGUUCGAGUUCCUUAGUCUCAACUACAUCCCAUAAUUGUGUCCUGGAAUUUGAGUCUGCAACCCCUUGUGGCUAGCAAAGCCUUCAGGUGAUAGAGAUGAGCCGCUCAGGAGCCCACAGCCUUGAAUGGCUUCAAUCAGGGGCUCCUGGGGCCCAGUUCUGGUUGAAAUCCUCUCUCAUGGAGAUUUACAAACAUUGCUAAUACCCUUAAUUACAGAGCCUGGGUGGGAGAAAGCGUGUGUGACUUGAGUGGAUCACCUGGGAGCCUGUGAAUUUUGCUAAUACUGGGCAGUGGCCCUGAACUCCAGGCCAGGCAGGGAGACGGCCAGUCCUCUGGGCGUUGUGGGAGUCCCUGUUCUCACGGGGAGAGGAAGCCGCCACAGUGGUUGAGGUGAGAACAAGAGGUUGGGCAUCCUGGGUGGACAAGAGCAGCCACAGACAGCUGCCACAGGCUGGUCCCAGGCCCAGAUGCACCCUCCACAAUCUUUCUGCAAAAAUCGCUGUCGUGUGCAGAAAUGCAGAAACGUGCAAAGUCUGAGGGCGCUCAGGAGUCCCCCCACCGCAUGUGUGUAGUCUCAGCCCCACCCCCAACCAUGUACAUCUUUCAGGCAGCUGAGGAUUUUAAAAAAGAUGUGUUUUGAUCUACAGGUGGCUGUGGUUUGAGCAGGUGGGGGUGGGGACUUGAGGCUCCCUUGUCUUGCUCCAGGCCUGGCUCUGGGAGGAGGGGCAGUGCUGCGUUGCGCAGGCUGGUGUCUGAACUACAAAGAAGCUAGUGCCAGGGUGUUCUGCUCUCCUCCUACCAGAAUGCAGCCCCUGCCCCCGGUCUCAGUGGUGUCCUGCCUGCUCCCAUGGUCCUCUGGGGCCUCUCCUGCCCCAGGUAUGGCCCAGAGCAGGGCCUGGCCCAGGAUACAUGAGCAUCUGGCUCGAUGUGAUCCAGCCCCCAGAGCACAGAUCAACACCCCUUUCCUGGGAGCCCACACGAUCUGAGAGGAGGAGCUAAGUCACCGGCACUCCUGGAGCUGGGAGGGGCCUGGCGCUGGGGCUCUAGGCCCUCCAUGCCCAGGCAGGAGGCUGCCUCAGCUGGGACCCACAGCCCUGAAUCUCCCAGGGCUAUCAGCUCACCAUCUGAGAGGUGGGACUCAGUCCCCCACCCUCCUGCCCAGGGAAGUCCUGACACUCAAACCGGAGUGAACAUACAACAGAUUGAGAGGCUGGCCAGGACAGCCGGAUCCUCACCUACCAGUAUGGAAUCCCGACCUCUCUCCAGAAGACAGGCCAGCAAUGGGACUUCCCCAAUGCCUGGGCCCCCCUGCAGGACCUGGUCAUCAGAGUAUGACAUCAGCAACGGUGGACAGCCAGGUGGUGGAGGGGAGUAUGAAGUUCAGGAGGGGUUUGGCUGGACCAAUGGUGUGGCUCUGAUGCUGCUGGACCGCUAUGGGGACCGGCUGAGCUCAGGGGCCCAGACCGCUCUGCUGGCGCCCCAGUGCCUCGCAGCUGCCCUCCUGCUCAGCCUCCUGCCACAGUGACGGGCCUUCAGGUCCCCAUCUGGCUGCAGCUCCUGCCGAUUCAACCUCCACACGUGUCCCUACCUUCUGCGCCUCGAUCCUUUAUCCCUGGAAAGCUCACCCCCCUCUCCUUGUCCCCUCCCCCAGCCCAGUCCUUGGUCAUAACAGAGUGGGGGCAGGGCAAGGACCUGGGGGCCAUGGUUGGGCCCUGGGUCCCUCCUGAAACAUUUAAUAGGCUGGAAAUGCUGCAUCAUGGAUCAGACCUAGUCUCCUUUCCCACGAACCCCAACUCCACGCUGCUCACAAGGCCUCCCAAACACAUAGUCCAAAACUGCUUUAUUGUUUUGCUGAGAUGCUUGAAAAUGCUUAAAAUCAUCCAGCCUGGGGUCCUUGAAACCAGGGGACACAAGUCCCAAGAAGUGGAAUCAGAACAGUGUCAAACACUGCCCUCCUAAACUAGCCCUUCAGGGAAGUUCAAAUUUGAAAGCAUUAGUCUAGAUCAUUUUAUGUCUUUAGAGAUUUUUUAAAAUAGAGCAAUCAGCCAGCAGUUAUUUUAUCAGCUGAAUGUACACAGGGGAAGAAAGGAAGAUCACUGUCAUCCCAGGAUUACUAAGGUUAUAAUCAAAGCUGAGCCUCCUGGAAGCAACAUACGCUUAACACCAAGGGAGGGAAAUAGCCUUCACUAAAAUAAACUAGGCAGUCACUCCACACAUACACAUACAGAUAAUAAUAACAAGCCCUGGUUGAGGGGCA